AUGGCUGGGAGAUAUAGGUUGCCAACAAAUAUUCGCAGUGUUUCCUCAUGGUGCACAAUUGGAGCUCCGAUAGCCCCCGCAUCUAGGCAGUUUUCCGCAGCGUGCGCGCGGCAUCAAACUGCAAAAGCGAAAGCCAAAACUGAUGGCGAAGAUGCGGGAAAAGACGAACCCGAUAGCGCGAUGUCACGCCGCCUUGCCCAGAUGGCCGAAGAUGCAAUCCUGGAGGGUGGGCCAUCCGCACGUCGCAACAUCGAGCACGCGGGGUUUUCAGAGGAGCUGAAGAAACAGCUCGAAGAGCGAGUGGCCGCGGCUUCAUUCAAAAGUGAGAAUGCAGCCGCCUACUCGAUAGUCAACAUGCCUGCCGCGGCAGGAAAAGGAACGCGAGAGAAUGCGGCUGCUCCUGCAUGGACAGGAACGGAGCGUUUUGAAGAUACGACGUUACGUAUGCUGGACGAUGCGAGUAAACCAAUACGAAUGCCUUACAAAAUUCCACAGCCUGUCAACCUUCAGCCAGCCCCAAAACCUAAGAAGUCUCGGGGACAUCGACUCGCCGAAGCCAAGGAAAAGACCUCCACAUACACACUGAGCCGUGCUCCUGGGUUUUCCGAGGAAGAACGCGAAGACAUGCGCCGUGAGAUGAGAGAGAAUCUAAGCCCUGGUGCAUACAACAUGCCGAUAUCAAUAUCAGGCCUUUCAUCUCUAGCAAAUGAGAGGAUUGAAGAUGCGAUUGCACGGGGUCAGUUCGACAAGAUUCGUCGAGGGAAGGGCGUCAACACCGAGACAGACCACAACGCCAACAGCCCGUUCAUCGACACGACUGAGUACUUUAUGAAUAAGAUCAUUCAAAAGCAGGAGGUUGUGCCUCCUUGGAUUGAGAAACAGCAGCAACUUGCUUCGGAAGUCAGUCGAUUCCGUGGUCGUCUACGAGCUGACUGGAGAAGACACGCAGCGAGAUUAAUUGCCAGCCAGGGCGGGUCACUGGAUGUGCAAAUGAAGCGUGCGAAGGCGUAUGCAGCAGCCGAGUCUCGACUAGCCGAAAAAGCGAAAUUGGAGGCUGCAUUAAACACCGAUCAAUCAUCUUCAGACGCAGCAGAAUCUUCGAUGAAUGCCACAGGUGAAGAUUCAGAUGGCCUAGCCCAUCUUCCACCAUUGCGAGACCCGGGUUACCUCUCUAUCGAACGGUCCUACCACGAGCUUGCCGUGAAGCAGAUAAAUACGCUCGCGCGGUCGUAUAACUUGAUGGCCCCGCCAUCAGCACACAAACCCUACAUGAAUCUUGACCGAGAACUCAAGGCAUGUUAUGCGGAAGUGGCACCUGAAUUAGCGGAGGAGAUCAAACGUAGAGCAACUGAACGCGCGCGCCCAACUUCAGUUGUUCCGCCCGUGUCUACUUCGUUUGGAUCAUUGAGCACGGCACAAUCGGUUCGGGUCCACGAAGAGGACCAGGCGAAAGGGUAUGGCAUGAAACAGCUUUGGCGAGAUUUGUUCUCUAAAUCUUGA